CUCCCCAACCUUCCGCCCAUCAAGCCUCCGACAUAUGAAGCCGAGACAUCGGCAAAGGACUGCAUGAAGCCGCUACUAAAGCUGUCUCCAUCAACACCAAAAACUCUGGUGGAGAUUCCUGCAAAUUGGUAUGCGGAAGACAUGACACCAAUGCAGUUCUGGCCACAUACACCGAACUCAUAAGGGUAUAUUGAUGCGCGUGUCAUGGAGACUAUGUGGAAGGACAAGUUCGAGUGGAUCAGAACUGAGGUCGAAGAUAUGGGUGAGAGCGAUAUUAUGGUGUUUCCGUUGGUGCUGCAUCCUGAUACAAGUGGUAUGGCGCAUGUGAUUGGUAUGAUUGAGAGGAUUGUUACGUAUCUGAAGGACUGGGGCGAUGAGGUGGACUUUUGCACUUUUGAGGAUGUGGCGAAGGAGUGGAAGGCGAAGAACGCUGUAUCGUGAUGGUGAUGGGCCUAAGAGUCCUCAAGUUGCAGGGAAAGUUCCUGACCCAAGGUCGAGUUACA